AUGAAACUCGAGAAGCAAGCUGAAACAACAAUGAAAAUACAGGAAGAAUACGCAAAUAAUAACUUACUUCCAGUGAAUGUAAACAAGACUAAGGCAAUGUUGGUGCAUGAUAUCGUCGCUCCACAAUAUCCUAAAAUCAAAUACAAAGAAAAUAAAAUUGAAUUCGUGAAACGUUUCAAAUAUUUAGGUGUUGAAAUCACGACAAAAUUGGGUUGGGGCAUCUACAUCGAGAAACGGCUGAAAAAGGCUAGAAAAAUAUUUAAUGCUCUUCGAAUAAUAUUCACGAAAAUACCUAUCUACCUAUACAAAAUGAGAAGGAAAUUAUGCCUUGCUUACGGUUUGCCACAAAUAAUCUGGUUGUUCUCAUGCUGGUUUUUUUAUACCGAAAUUCAACAAAGAGAUAUCGACCAUUUGUACUGCUCGGGACUUCAACUGGUGUACAACCUUACGCAAUGGGAUGACUUAACUGUUUACAUUAUAACGAGGGAGUCUUCACUAAGUGACUACUUGUUCAAAUAUUGGACUAAAUUCAAUGCACACUUGAACAAAUCUCCAGAAGCAAAUCUUUACCAACAAACAUUCAGUGCCUAUCUCGCUGCAAAAACGCCUCAAAGAGCAUGGUAUCUCAGUAUGGGCUUACGAAAGAAUGACAAAUAUGUUGUACGUUUCUCCAAGAGAGCCCGACACUCGAAAAUUGACGUGAGUAAUUUCCUAAUUGAUCAUCAUCAGCAAUAUGGCAGGUUUCGGUUGGAUUCGGCAAGUUUCUUGGCGCCGGAUUCCGGUCGGAAGUUUCGAGGAAGUAUCCGGCCGGUUCCAGACGGUUUCCGACUCAAGAAUCCGACGCCAAGGAAAUCAUCGGAAAGCAAACUUAAUCGAUCGGAACCGACCGGGUCACAAUGA